GCGGUGUGAAUGCCAUUGGUGACUACGCACUCGACAUCCAAAACAGAGCGUUAGCGAAAAAUCGUGAUCCUGUUGGUUGUUUUGUAGGCAAACAAUCGUCCAGUGGGAGCCUACAGCCAUGAUCGCCACACUGUCGACACUUCUGGUGGUUCUAGGCGCAGCAUCAGCUGAGUACUGCAGCGGCUACACAGACGCGUUCGGAGACUACAACUCAGGCUUCAGCUGCCCGCGCAAUUCCCUCUUCAGCUUCAACAAUGACGACCACGAUGACAUCUACUGCUGCGGUACCAGCACAUACAAGUACUGCUGCAGCUGGAGAUCUGGGGGCUUUAACGUCGGCACUAUCAUGGGCGGCCUGUUCGCUGUGUUUGUCCUGAUUGUCAUCAUCACGGUGAUCUCCUGCUACCUGUGCAGCUGCUGUGUUAUUUACAAGCGGCGCCAGGCUAGCCGCGCCCAUGUCAUCACUACUGCAGUUGGUGGUGGUCCUGUUGUCAUGACAACUACCUCCACAACCUAUCCGGCAGGACCACAGCCCUACCCCCAGGGACCACAGACCUACCCCCAUGGACCACAGACCUACCCUCAGGGGACCUACCCUCAGGGACCACAGCCCUACCCCCUGGCUUAUCCAGGAAGCCAGCCCUACCCUGGGGCACAGCCUUACCCUGCUGCCCAGCCCUACCCAGGUGCUGCUCAGUACCCAGGGGCCCCUGGGUCAGAGGCACCCCCUCCCUAUGCCUCAGCUACAGGCUUCCCGGCUGUGAAGGAUCCAGCCUACCCCCCACCGGCCCCCCUCCCCUAUCCCAACUGAGGUGGGAAAGAACAGGGCUUAAGGUCACAGACCAAUUGAACAUAGCCUGGUAUCCAGUUCUAUUGUAGCUGCCUAAUCUCUUCAUCUGUUUAUGGUAAAUGUGUAAGAGGGCAAAGAGACUCAGCAGCUGUGAUAAGACUGGAUACCAGGCUACCUUGAUAGAUCAGGCAUGGUUAGCCCACAGCAAUAUGAUUUGUUGGUUCUUGGAUUUUAUGAAG